GCGGGGAACGAUUCAACGAGCGUGCGUAACGGACCGUAUCUGAGAUGAUACUGGCAUACAGUUUCAUGGCAUGAUAAGAGAACCCUAUUCGAUGCACGGGGCAGAAUAGGUGUAAUACGUGGGAUUUCCAUUGUAUUCUUUAAGGAACAGUACAUAAAAAAUAUUGUUUUUUUUUAACAAUCUUAUCACUUCUACUUGGCGUAAAGCGAACAUACCGGUCUAUGCAGAUUCUUGAGACAUUAUUCAGUACCACGCAGCUGGAUAGUCAGUUCUCGCUACGGGGGGGGGAGGACGGUCCGUAUGAGGCUUGAACCAAUGACGAGCAUGCUAUCAAGUGGGACCGCCCGUGUGAUAAUCUUAUCACUUACCAAAUGCAAUUAAACAAAUAUGUUUGGAGGCAUCAUACAAAAAAAAAAUAACUUUUAGGCAUGUGGACGACACAUCACAGUGCAUGCCAAUUAUUAACGCAUUUUGGGAUUAUCUAUAAAUUACGACACGCAAAAAUGUUCCACUGCGUACUGUAACAAAAUGUAGUGCUGGAACAAUCCACCUUAUAUUAUGUAAGAAACGGUUUUGUUUAAACAAUGCUACAAUAAUUAUGUGAAAAGUAGAGUUUUAAAUGUAAUAUACGGUGGGACGCCGUUUAUCCGGGUACCUUUUAGCCGGCUGUCGGUAUAGCCGUGUUGUUUAGAAAUGACAGUUCAAUACAGAGAGCCGUGCUGAGGAGAAUAUUAAAAAAUGAACCAUUAUCAUAGUUUUUUUCUUCUUUGCAUCGUAAAAGUGUUUCAAAUUUUAUGGAUGACUCCCGCUGGGGACUGGCCCUAACGGCUAAUCAGUUGAGUUGUUUCGCUGGUCUAGCGGUAAACAGGCUUGAUCUGAUACGAUCAGACGACAAUAAGUUCAACAUAAUCAGCAGCAAACAGUAUCUUCUUCUUCUUCUUUUAGCACAACAACCGUUGUCUGUCAAGGCCUGCCUGUACCACUUGUAGGCUUGGCUUUCAGUGACUUAUUGAUUUCCCCCCAUAGCAGGAUAGUUAGUCCUACGGCGGCAUGGGCCAUUCGCGGCUUGAUCCCAUGAAGGGCAUGUUGUUAACUCGUACGAGUUGACGACUGUACAACGAGACCGGCUUAAACAGAUAACCACAUUAACUAUAGCACAUAUCGUGUGAAUGCUGUUCCUGUUAUAAUUGCAAUUUUAAAAAAUUUCUUAGUUCAAAUUAAUUCAUUUAUUUGGGAAGUAAAAGAUACCCUAGCAUUUGGUACAGGGUUUUUUUGCUGUAGCAGCAACAGGAACAAAAUGUGUUCUUUAUAUGUUUUUACCAGAGCAAAAAAAAAAGUAUAAUUAUUCUAAUGCGGUCAUUAGCCUAUUGGCCUUACCCUUUGCACGACACCCCACCCGUGAUGUUAUGCUUUGGCCGACUUAGUGAGAGACAACAGCUAGCUUGGCGGUAUCAACGGACGACGCCGUCUCCCGUUAUUAUCUGAUCGUGUUGAAGCUGACGCCUGCAUCCACCGAUGAUGUAUUGCAUACGACCGUGAGAGAACGCUUGUCCGUGGGCAGUAGGGCGCGAUUGAAUGAUGCGUUAUAAAUGUGUUGAACAAGCUGAACGCAGUCCCAGUCAUCUGUAGCGUUGUCGUGUUGCGUGCGUUAAGUGAUAGAAUUCUGGGUGUACGUUUGAAUUUAGUUUCGCCGUCCAUAACCAGUAAGAAACAAGUGAACAUGAGCUACUGCAUCAUAGGCGCCGGCAUGGCAGGAUUGGCUGCCGCACGACGUGUGCUCGAGAUCGGAGCACAGGUUACAAUUUUUGAGCGAAUGGAUCAGCUUGGUGGAACAUGGAUCUACACCGAUGAAGUUGGUGUCGAUCGUUACGGGCUUCCUGUGCAUACCAGUAUGUACCGUGGAUUGCGUACGAACUUGCCCAAGGAGGUAAUGGGAUAUCCGGACUUCCCAAUACCGGCACAACGCGAUUCGUACAUUGUUUCGGAUGAUAUUUUGUCAUUUUUACGCCUGUACGCCGAUCGGUAUCAUAUCAAAGACUGUAUCAAGUUCGAGCAUCAUGUCGUGCAAGUCCAUCCCACGGACGGUGAACGCUGGAUUGUUGAAGUAGAGAAUCUAGCAGAUCAUCAAAAGGAGCAGCAUGUUUUUGAUUACCUGUUUAUCUGUAACGGUCAUUAUCACACUCCGAACGUACCGACAGUGAACGGAAGCGAAAUUUUCCAGGGACAGCAACUGCACAGCCACGAUUAUCGUUGUACUGAACAUUACAAAGACAAAGCGGUGCUCGUUAUGGGCGCAGGUCCUUCCGGUAUGGAUAUAGCACUAGAACUGGCAAAAACAGCGCGCCGUGUAACGAUCAGUCACCACAUGGAGCGACUGACCUUCCCUUUCCCUUCCAACUUGUCCCAACAGUCAGACGUUUCCAUGCUUACGGAAACCGGAGCAAAGUUCACGAACGGAAGUGAGGAGUCAUUCGACGUAGUUCUAUACUGCACAGGUUUCCGAUAUAACUUUCCCUUCCUUGGUGCGGAUUGUGGCAUCGAAGUGCAAGAUAACCACGUACAGCCGCUGUACAAACAUUGCAUCAACAUUAACCACCCAACGAUGGCGUUCAUCGGACUACCGUUCUACGUGUGUGCGGCACAAAUGAUGGAUCUUCAGGUUCGAUUUUGUCUGGCAUACUUGACGGGUAGACAGCAUCUACCACCAGCGCACGAGAUGCUGGAAGAUGCGGCGCAAGAAUUUGAGGAUCGUUUACAGCGCGGAUAUAAGAAAAGACACGCACACAUGAUGGGACCGGAGCAGGGCCGGUAUUAUGACGAUCUUGCAAAGACGGCCCAAAUUGAAACCAUUCCCCUGGUAAUGACCAAACUGCACAACGAAAGCAGUCAACGGUUUGUAGACGAUUUAAUACACUUCCGCGAGGACGUAUUUAGAAUCGUAGAUGACGAAUAUUUCGAAUAUGUAAAGGAAUAAUUGCUCAACAGGUCGAUGCAUUUUAUCUUGUGUCAAGCAGGAACAGGCUAACAUAUAAAAUGAUAGAUAUUUUUCUAUAACGCAGAGUAAAUCGCAAACCGUUUGCUCUUAAAUCAUUAACGUUCAUUUGCGCAUGUGAAGCCGGAAGUUUACUCACAGUCACGCUCUUUGGUUUCCAUUUCUGUCCGUUACGUUAAAAUCAAUAAAAAAGACAGAAACACUUUUGUUUACGUAAAUGUUCGACAAGCGUUUAUAUAAAAAAAAAACAUGCAAACAAACAUUUUCUCCGCCUUGCUUUAUCACGAACGAAAACUGAUUAAAAACAAAUUCACGCAGGGAAGAAGAGUGAGCAAACAAAGCAAAAUUAUUAACGUCAAUUAAUAUAUAAAUACGAAUAUGAAAUAUCCAUUAAUAUAAACGUAAAUAUAAAUGUAAAUAUAAAUAUGAUAUGUAAAUUAACGUUAAAAUGAAUAACAAAAGGCAAAUAAACUUUUGUAUUUACGUAAA